AUGGCGACGACGACGACGCGUCCAGAAAAAGAAGAAGAAGAGAGACAGAACGAGGACGAAAAAGGUGGCGCCAAAACCAGCGCGAUAAUCAACGCGCGCGCGGAAGAAGAGGAGGACCUGUUCUCAUCAUCAUCCGUGGGGACGCUGUUGCUCGGGAAAAACAAAGCAGAGGCGAGAGAAACCAUCGAACGGUGGAGAGGUACCGCAAACGGUGGAAGAAAAGGCGGAAACCCGACGAGCGAAAAAUCGUUUCAAAACGGCGAGAUUUUGUACGAAAACUACGCCGAUCUCGGUUUCAGCGUGGAGUUUCUCCGCGAGAGCGUGGAUUGUGUGCAUCUGUACAACGAAACGAAAACGGAUUUUGUUCCUUUUCGAGGAGGAGGAAAAGGAGGAAAAAUGCCUUCGUUGCCUUUUGGUAUCGAUUUCGAGGAGGAUACCGCGAAGGACGUGGUCGGUAAAUUAGGCGAACCGACGAGUAAAGGCGGCACUGGCGUGCAAAUAUUCAUCGUGUACGAGAUGCUUGGGAUUAAGAUAUCUUUUAACGCUUUGGAUUGGGAAAACGCCGGCGCGAGCAUACACUCGAUGGCGGUUUGGAAAGCGAGCGAUUGA